ACCUCUAAAUCCCCAAUUCCCCAUCCAUUUCUCUCUCUCUCUCCGGAACCCCGAAACCACAAUCUCUCUCUCCUCACUCUAGAGCUAGGGUUCCAUGGCGGGCGCCGGCAUCCACCCGUAUCACCAGCAGUGGCCUCCCGCGGCGGGCGCGCCGCCCCCGCCCGGGGCCCCGGCGGCCACCGCUGUCCCGCCGCCUCCCCCCGUGCCCGGCGCUGCCGCAGCCGACGAGGUCCGCACCAUCUUCAUCACGGGGCUCCCCGUCGACGUCAAGGAGCGGGAGCUCCACAACCUGCUGCGCUGGCUCCCGGGCUUCGAGGCCUCCCAGAUCAACUUCAAGGGCGACCAGCCCAUGGGAUUCGCGCUCUUCUCUUCCGCGCACCACGCCGUCGCCGCCAAGGCCGCGCUCCAGGAUCUGGUGUUCGAUGCGGAGAGCAAGGCAGCUCUGCACACCGAGAUGGCCAAGAAGAACCUCUUCGUCAAGAGAGGUGUGGGAGCUGAUGCAAAUGCUGUGGACCAAAGUAAACGCUUGCGAACUGGUGGAGACUAUACUCAUUCUCCUUAUGCUCCUCCUCCGUUUCAUCCACCCCCAUCAGCUGUUUCCAUGUGGGGAACUGCAGGUUAUAUCACAGCUCCGCCUCCCUACAACCCCUAUGCUGCCUAUCCAGUGCCCCCGGUAGCCAUGACUUCACCUUCUCCUGUACCAGGUCCAACUGCCUAUGCUCCUGUGCAGAACACAAAAGAUAAUCCUCCCUGCAACACCCUUUUCAUUGGUAAUCUCGGUGAAACUGUAGUCGAAGAGGAAUUGCGAAGUCUCUUCAGUGUGCAACCUGGUUACAAACAAAUGAAAUUAUUGCGUCAAGACAGGAACACUGUGUGUUUUAUUGAAUUUGAGGAUGUGAAUGCUGCUACAGCUGUACACCAUACUUUGCAGGGUGCUGUUAUUCCCAGUUCCGGUCGCGGUGGAAUGCGUAUUCAGUUUUCGAAGAAUCCCUUUGGGCGAAGGAAGGAUUCAGCUGGUGGCUUUGUGGGAAUUCUGAAUGGAGCUCCUGCAAAUUGAUCCUGCCUGAGGGGAUGUAUCUUGAACUUUAUCAUGGCAUCAUGGAUUUCAUACUACAUCCUAUUUAUUAUCUGCAUUCUUCUGCUAAAUGCCCUGUUUCUCAUGUGUGACAUUAACAUCUUCAUAUGGUGGAGUUUCUGGGACAUGAUCAUCAUCCUCAUUAGGUGGUGUUUCUGGAACAUGAUCAUCAUCCUCAUUAGGUGGUGUUUCUGGAACAUGAUCAUCAUCUGGUAGACAUUGCAUUGUCACCAAUACCAUCGUUGCUGCUGUUUGACUUCUUUAUAUUUGUAGUUCGCGAAGGCCAUCCGGAAUGUCUCCUAGGUGUGCAUUUGGCAUUUGUCGUGGAUAAUUGUAGUAUUAUGUAGUUCCCUGUAUGCAGUUGCAAUACUUCAUGUGUUCAUGUCAUUGUCACUUUGCAAUCUGGACAUGUUUGUAAUAGCUAAAGUGACUUUUCUGGCUUACUAACAAUUCGGGAAGCUGGGAUGAAUCAUACCAUCAUGUCAUGGCAUGUUCAUGAGGGAAGGACAGUUGAUAGACAUGGCAUGGCAUACUCAUUCAAUGAAUUCUGGAGCAUUGCCUUACCCCAGGAAGCAUGCAAUCAUCCAUUCCUGAUUAACUAGUUAAUUUGCUUAGUAUUGUUUUUCCCUCCAGGCUGAGAGGCUAACAGUGACCACAAAAUUGAAAAUUGCUGCAAGCCUUUUUUCCCUUUUUCUGCAGCAGAUGGUGAAACACCUAGGUGUGGCAGCAGUUCAGGUAAGGCAACCUCAAUGAUGCUGACGAGAGGUAAGUGAGCGCAUGGAGGUUCUACGGAGAUGUUUUCAAGUUUGGCAUAACCAUGCUAUGAGUGAUACUGCAGCAGCUUUACUCAACUCAGGAGUUCCACUGUAUCAGUUGAUUGUUUCUUACUGACUUGGUUGAUUUUCUCCACAAAGUGUGAAUGUAGAAAAGUGAAUUUGCUAUUGAGAACGUUUGUGGGUCUGUCUCUA